AUGAGUAGCCCACCUAGCCUCCAGGGACUGAGGGGGAGCAGCACGGGCCAAGAGAUGCGGAACAAGACCCAGAUCCCGCGGUCACACAUCAGCGACGCCAACGCCAACCAGCCAUGCCUGCCGGGGGGCCAGGGAGAGCGAGGGGUCCUGGGGGAGGACGGCUACCCCACCAGGAGCCAACAGAACCUUAUCCCCCACGGUGAGGCCCAACAGGGGGUCCAGCUGUCCCAGUACCGGUACCCAAUGACCAAGGACGAGCAGGAAGGGGACCAGGACUUUGACGACGGGGGGAGUUUAAGAGACGGAAAAGACGAAGAAGGGCCGAUGUCCAUAUCCUCCAGCUCCACCGCCAGCUCAGCCUCGCUCUGCGGGAAGAGGAACGACAACGAGGGUGACCAGGGCGGAGGGUCGCGUCACGAACGACGGACCCAGGGAAGGCACACCAGCCACAGCUCUGAAGAGCUUGACGCGUGCGCGGACAGCCCGGGGGAGAGGGGGGAGGUGACGCCUGCGAGCCGAGGCAGGGAGCGGGAGAGGCGGAGGCAGGGAAGUCUCAAGGAGUCCAAGUCCGAGACCAACGUGUUCGCCUCCAGCUGUCUGACGGCCGUCUCUCUGAGUGGAAGUCUGGCCAGUGCGCUGGAUAUCAGUGGCGUGGCGCCGCUCCCUCCUCCCAACUCCAACACCAGCUACCAGCCCAGCACAUAUAACGCUACCUCAGCUCAGACCCGGAGGAGGGCGCCCGCUGUCGAUUCCAACCAGAACUCCUCUCCAGCCCCGCUGCACCAGGGACAGGAGGAUCUGCAGGGUCACCACCUCAACCAGGGCUGGAGGCAGGAGGACGGGUGUCGCUAUGGGAACGGACUCUCAUCCUCCGACGCAAGACUGGGCCUCCGGAGGAAGGGCGGUUUCGAGGAGAGGGUGUUACCGCCUCGGCGGCAGCAGUUAGUCCGUCCGCUCUGUCAGAGCGAGACAGGGAGGGGGUGGGGCUUAGCCGAGCCAAUUGCCACAGCUGCGCAGAGGGAGCCUGAGCAGGCGGAUUGUCAGAGUCAGGGGACCAACAAGAGGUUCCUGAAAUCAGCCUUACGCGAACCCUCAGACGUCUCUCACCUGUACAACCUCCAGAUGCUCUCUCAACGGAGACAGUCCAGAGAGCUACCCUCCAUCGAGGCCCAGUCUCUGGACAGACAUCCGUCCACCGCGAGGCGUACCUCCAGCCCUUCCAAACCGCCUCCCAGCGUAGAGAACAGAGCUCAGGCCCAACUCACGUACAGGAGGAACUGCUCCAGCCCCAACAGGUCCACGAUCGGAGCCAGGACGUCCACGCCGCCUCACUCUCCUCUCAGGACUCCCCAGGGAUCUCCACGCAGGCAGCCCUCCAUGUUCCUCGUCUCCAGGACUGCCUCAGGGCCUCGACACCCCCAGCCCCCUCCUGGGACCAACCCUGCUGUCGAGGCGUCGUCUCAGGGUACCAACACCGGGGGUCUGAGACCCCCGGUUAAAACCAACAUCAGCACAAGUGGAAUCCCCAAAGCGCCUUCCAACCACCACCAGCAUCAGCAGCAGCAGAGCUCCCCGAACCGUUACCCCCACACAAACCCCAGAGAGACCUCCCCGUCCCCCAAGGGGAACCUGAAACCCAAGGGCGUGCGUCCCAAGAUCAUCACCUCCGUGCGCAAGAGUCCCCAGAUCAGGGCUCAGGCGGUCGACGGGUCUUACCAGGUGUCCUCUCUACCCUCCAGGCUCACCGCGUACUCCCACACCCAGACCAGCCCCCCCGAGGCCCCCCAGCGAGACUCCCCCCCGGACGCCGCCUCCGGGGUCAGGGGCCCGGCGGUCUUCAGCGCCUCCAACCUCCUCUACGAGAGGUACCGCCAGGAGGUCCAGUCCAACAUGUUCCCUCCACAGGGAGCCAUGAGAGGCGGAGCGAGGGCUCCCCCCGGUCACACGCACACUCUGCCCACCACGCACACUCUGGCGGGGCCGCACGGACACCCCCAUAGUCACACGGCGCCGCCCAAGCUGGCCGGCAAGGGAGACCACUUUUACGGGACAUCGAGUGACAAGAGUGCCCCCCCAGAGAUGGGCAGACCCGCCAGCUUUGGAGGACUCUCCAGCGAUGACGCCAAGAUGGCCGCCCAGGUGGGAGGAACAGGAAGUCUGCUGCGCUCAGGGAGGGGCCUCCGACUGGGCUUGGGAGCCGUUGCCAGGACAACCACUGGCUCAGUCAAGGGAAGGGGGCCUGCACAGGCUCAAAGGUCAAGUCUAGUCUUCAGCCAAUCGGUGCAGGCUAUGAGUCGCGUGGGCAGUCAAAAAAGCCAAGAAGAGGACCAGAGUGCCGCUGCCCCGACGACCCACCCUGCCCCAGCCCCGGCUCCAGCCAACCCCCAGCUUCAGACCCAGCUCCAGACCCAGCUCCAGACCCAGCUCCAGACCCAGCUCCAGACCCAGCUCCAGACCCAGACCCAGCUCCAGACACAGACUCAGCCCCAGCCCCCGAUCCAGAUCCAGACCCAGCUCCAGACCCAGCUCCAGACCCAGCUCCAGACCCAGGCCUCCAGCAGGUCUCUGCAGCCCAGGGCCAGCCACUCAGGCCUGCGCGCCCCUGGGUUCACCUCUAACGUGCGGCUGGGCCCCGCGGGCCGGCUAGGGACCUUUGGCUUCGCAAGGAGCUCCAGUGUGUCGUCUGCGUCCUCGGCCCACUCGGCUGACAGCGCCAACAGCGCCCCCUCCAGGGCCACCCCACGACUCAGUGUGAGUGAGGACCCUCCCGUACAGAGGGGUCCAGCAGCGGCGGCAGCAGCACAGCAGCAGAGCGAGGUCGGCAGUGGGGGUCCCCGCCUCAACAGCAGCAGUAGCAUCCAGCCCCCGUCCACCCCAGCCCUGCACCGCCGCUACCUGCCUGCCCAGCCCCGCAGCUCCCCUGCAGUUGGCAGGAAGGAGUUUCAGUGGAGUUCAGAGGUCACCCGCUCCCUUCCUUCGUCUCCCAAGAGGUUAGCUGUGGUCCCGCCCAAACCCCAAUCACCAGUCCAGGCCCGCCAGCGCCCAGCGGCCGCCAUCAGGGGGUCGGUGCCCCCCGGCUCCCCUCGCCGCGUCGCCCCCUUCAGACCCCAGCAGGAGCAGCAGGAGAACCUGCAGCGAGAGAAGGAGGAGGCGCAGCGAAGGCAGAGGGAGAAGGAGGUGGAGGAGAGGGAGAAGAAGGAGCAGAGGGAGGAGGUCCAGAGGCUGCAGGGCCGCUAUGAGCAGCAGGAGAGGCAGCUGUCGGCUCUGAGGGAGGAGUUGAAGAAGACCACCCUGGGGCUGCAGGCCUUCAUCGUCACCACACAGCACUACUGCCUGAAGACGGACCACGCAGAGGAGAAAGAAAAGGAACUCUGUUUGGAGGUGCAGAGGAUCAAAGAGGAACUUGCAUGCAACUGGGCGCGCUGGCAGCGGCUGCAGUGCGAGAAGACUGCGUUGGAGGUGGCCUUCGAGCGGGAGCUGCAGGAGGUGCAGAGGCAGCAGGAGCAGGAGCUGGCGGCGGUGGAGCUGGGCCUGAGGAGGUGCCACGCGGCGGAGACGGAGACCCUGAAGGAGGAGCAGCGGUCCGUGGUGCAGGAGCUCCGCGCUCAGCAGCAGGAGCAGAUGGAGGAAAUGACCGUUAAUCACCAGGCAGCCACCCUGGAACUGCGUGACAUGCAUAAUGUCACCAUGGCAACGCUUCACGAGGAGCACGCCCACACAAUAAAAGAUCUGAGAAAAGCCCACGAGCAGCAGAAGAUGAUGUUAGAACAAGACUUUGAAAUACUCAGACUGUCUCUCCAGGACCAGGUGGACACCCUGACCUUCCAGAGUCAGAGUCUGAGGGAGAAGGCCCAGCGCUUUGAGGAGGCCCUUAGAAGGAGCACUGAUGAGCAGAUUGUGGAGGCCUUGGCUCCUUAUCAACAUAUCGAGGAAGACCUGCGGAGCCUGAAGGAGGUGGUGGAGAUGAAGAACCAGCAGAUCCACCAGCAGGAGCAGAAGAUCUCUGACCUGGAGAAGGUGGCCCAGAAGAACGUGUUCCUGGAGGACAAGGUGCAGGUGCUGCAGCAGCAGAACGAGGACCUGAAGGCCCGCAUCGACAACAACCUCUCUCUGUCCAGGCAGCUGUCGGAGGAGAACGCCAACCUGCACGAGACGGUGGAGAAGGAGAGCACGGAGAAGAAGCGCCUGAGCCGCAACAACGACGAGCUGCUGUGGCGCCUGCAGACCAGCCCGCUGGCGUCGCCCGGCUCCUCCCCCCUCCACCGCUCCUUCUCCACCUCCCCCGCCCCCUCCUCCCCCUUCCUCGUCUCCUCCCCCUUCCUCUCCUCCUGCGACUCCCCCACUCACUGUCACGGCUGCCCGCAGUCCGCGCACCCCGCGCAGUACUACGCCUCGCCCUCCCAUCGCGCGGCCAAUCAGAAUUACUCGCCGGGCCCGGCCACGCCCACUCACACCAGGGCCGUGGGGAAUCUCAAUUACUCCCCCGGUCCGGCCACGCCCACUCACAGGGCCGCAGCCAAUCAGAAUUACUCCCCGGGUCCGGCCACGCCCACUCACAGAGCUUCAGCCAAUCACUGUUCUCCAACAGCUGUUCUGAACACCCUACAGAGAUAA